GAUCAAAAAACCCUUUCACCAAUCAUGAGAUAAGAUUCCACAAAAUAACUAGAGAUUGCGUCUCCGUUUAAAAUCUGCCAAUCAAUUUUCGCACUGAAAAAUAAUAUUUAUUUUUCUGAAUGACUUCGAAUAAAAAGAUAUCAAGUUUCACACGCGAGAAAAAUAAAGUUUUCUUCCGGGUGAAAUUGAAUUUCUCAUUAAAUAUUCUAAAGACAGAACAGGAUAACGGAAAUGUAACUUCUUUAGCCUUAAUUAGAAAGAAGUCAUUUUGUCAUCGUUUUAAUUGCUCUGUUUUUAGUUUUUGGUUUAUUAUCGAAUGACGCGACCCUGUUAAAAUUAAAGAUAUUAACAAAGCCCCAAUCAGUGAAGCACCCUAGCAACUAAAGAGCAAUUUGAAUCCAUUAAAUAGACCGCGGUUACUUAACGGCGCUGUGUGCGGUUGAAGAAGAGGAAAAUUGACAACAGCCCAGCUGCUGCCACUGAUCGCCAUGACAACAAGGUCGUUUGACAAAUUUACAACGAGAAUAAUGGAAGACUGACUCAUCUUGGUAAAUAUUGUAGUCUCAAUGCACCUGAGUAUACAGAAUGAGCAAAAGUUUGCUUCCGUUGAUUUCGGUUUUUCAGAAACUUGUUUCUACCAAUGUUCGCGUACAGUAGUGAAGGUCUUCCUUUUGACUAAACGAACUAGAGGACAAAUGUGCGCGCUUACAUCUGCUGUGAAAAGCAAGCGCUUUCGACAAGCAAAAAUCUUAAUUGAGAUGGGUAACAUCGACGUGAACGCCAGAGAUGAGACAAAAAGGACGGCUUUGAUGGAGUUGUGUUUCCUUGAGGAAGAGAAUAAAGCGGCGAAGUUGGCUCGAAUGUUAUUGUCGCACGGCGCGCGUGUCGGGAUCAGAGACGCCGACGGAAUGACAGCCCUGAGCUAUGCCACUAAACUUGGCCGUGAACAGCUAGUAUCAGCAAUGAUGGAGGAGGUUCAUUCAUUUGAUCCAAACGCGGCAGACAAGCACGGAAAUACGGCCCUGCAUUAUGCCUCAAUGUCUGGCAACUUUGUGGUGUUGAACCUCAUAUUAAAGACUCUAAAACGGUUCAAACUCAGCGCCGACAAACCAAACAAUGCUGGGGAAACGCCAUUAAUUUGCGCUUCGAAAACAGGGAAUUUUCUUUGUGCCAGGAUUUUAGUCUCGGAAGGGAAAGCGUCAGAAAGCGCGCGUGACAGGAUUCUAUUCAAGACGGCGAGGGAAUGGGGAAGGACGAAAGAGAGUUUAAGAUCAGCUUCUAAGUCACCAUUGUUCCGAACCUUACAACUUCCUGCGAGAGAAGAUUGUCAUGAUAAUGACGAAGAUUUCCCAACUAGGCCGCGUCCACACACAGCCCCGCAGAGAGGCGAGCGAAACCACAGAGAGUUACUGAGGCUUCUCUUUAAGCUUUACGAAGGGCAUGUAUCACCAGCAUACCGGCCGGCCGCAAAACCAAAACCAGUAGAAGUCGAGCCUCCGACUUCGCCAGACACUGUGUCGGAAACGGAAUCGGAAUUUUCCGAGUUUGGAGACUUCCUUGCAGGGCUUAAUUCUCCGAGUUCGUCCGGUCGUCGGUUGAGUAUCAGUAAGGCCUCGGGUCUUGCUAGCAAUGCAAAUACAGCGUUCAGAAGACGCUCCAUAGCAACCAUGGGACUCGGUAACCCGAAUGCUGGCCGAAGACUUUCCGUAACCUCGGGGACCUCGGGUAGGCGCUCGUCGCAGUCGAUGUCCGCGCCGAAAAUCCGCCGAGGCUCAAUAAACGUGAUUGGUAAACUAAACAUGAAUCUGCAAGCGACCAAGCGAGAAUCGCUGGAAAAAGGGCCGAGAAUGCGUCGCAGCUCAGUUGAUGUGCGUAGUAAAACACCUUCGAAUAAGGAUAGUGAACUAAUUCCCCUUGACUACAAGGUUCCCGAUAACACACCAUCAACCCCGUCGGGGCCAGCAAGGAGUCGCAGUAGAACCCCCAGUAGGCCUCCAUCAUUCAGCAACCUUCACACUCUCGCAGAGGGGAGCGACGGAGAAGAAGAAGAGGAGGAGGAGGCGUUACACAGAAGCUCACCUGCAGCGCUGUACAGCCACAGAUAACGCAACUUGAAAAAUAUCGGAAAAGAAAAGCCCUCGGGGACUUAUUUCUAAAGUCUCGAACGGAGGUGGGCUCGUUAAAAAAUGUUACGUUUAGUUUUUGUAUUGGGAAGGCAAGGGGACUGACACUUUUGGCUCCCAAGGGGGGUGUAUUGGGGAGGGGAACCUACAGUAGGCUCGUUAUAGGGACUAUGUCAUGAGUUUCCGUGGACGGUUUACUCAACUAAAUUUGAGGCUCGGCUGAAGGUAGUUUCAGGAAUCCAAAGAAUAGUUGAAUAAUAGUCCAAGCGAUGCAAGCUAAUGGUCACACCAUUUGUAAAAUAAAACAAA